CGGGAGGAGGGACAGCGGGGGGCGGGGCCGGCGCGGCGAGGGGCGGGGUCAGCGCCGAGGCCGCGGGGGCAGCGACGGCGCCGGGCAGCGGGAGCAGCGGCCGCGCCAUGUGGCUGCUGGGGCCGCUGUGCCUGCUGCUGAGCAGCGCCGCGGAGAGCCAGCUGCUCCCCGGGAACAACUUCACCAACGAGUGCAACAUUCCAGGCAACUUCAUGUGCAGCAAUGGGCGGUGCAUCCCCGGCGCCUGGCAGUGCGAUGGGCUGCCCGACUGCUUCGACAAGAGUGACGAGAAGGAGUGCCCCAAGGCUAAAUCGAAAUGUGGCCCGACCUUCUUCCCCUGUGCCAGCGGCAUCCACUGCAUCAUUGGCCGCUUCCGGUGUAACGGGUUUGAGGAUUGUCCCGACGGCAGCGACGAAGAGAACUGCACAGCAAACCCUUUGCUGUGCUCCACUGCCCGCUACCACUGCAAGAACGGCCUCUGCAUUGACAAGAGCUUCAUUUGCGAUGGGCAAAAUAACUGUCAAGACAACAGCGACGAGGAAAGCUGUGAAAGUUCUCAAGAACCAGGCAGCGGGCAGGUGUUCGUGACCUCGGAGAACCAGCUCGUGUACUAUCCCAGCAUCACCUAUGCCAUCAUCGGCAGCUCCGUCAUCUUUGUGCUGGUCGUGGCCCUGCUGGCUCUGGUCCUGCACCACCAGCGGAAGCGCAACAACCUCAUGACGCUGCCAGUACACCGGCUCCAGCACCCCGUGCUGCUCUCCCGCCUGGUGGUCCUGGACCACCCUCACCGCUGCAACGUCACCUACAACGUCAACAAUGGCAUCCAGUACGUGGCCAGCCAAGCCGAGCAGAACGCGUCUGACGUGGGCUCCCCGCCCUCCUACUCAGAGGCCCUGCUGGACCAAAGACCCGCAUGGUACGACCUCCCUCCACCGCCCUACUCUUCAGACACCGAGUCUCUGAACCAAGCCGACCUGCCCCCUUACCGCUCCCGGUCUGGCAGCGCCAACAGCACCAGUUCCCAGGCAGCCAGCAGCCUCCUAAGUAUGGAAGACACGGGCCACAGGCCGGGGCAGCCUGGCCCACAGGAAGGCACCACGGAGCCUAGGUACUCUGCACCCAGCCGGGGCGCCGAAGAAGUAUAAAAUCCAGCUCUUCCAAAGUCCACAUGGGCUCAUCUGCUCUGACUUGUUACCAUCCUAACAACUUGCGCUCAUGGGAAGCUCCUCGGGAGGCCUCAAGGAGUGAUGCGGGGUGUCAGCUCUCUCUCCGUUCACCUCCUUCCCCAGAUUUCAGGGAUGUUCUCUGGAGGGCGACCUGGCACUGUUCUGGCCUCUCAGUUGCCCUGAUGUAUGUGCAUCUUUUCUGGGCAGUUACUCUUCCUUCGGGGCCCAGGAUCACAGCCUCACUCUGCACAUCAUUCUGUUACUGCUGGAACCUUGCUGAGCAGGUGGCCGGAGAGUGCGGUACUUAGGUGGCCCUUGAGAAAGCAGUGUUUGUGCCGUGUGGGGUGUUCAGAAGGGCAGGGGACACUGGACCAGAUUCUCUGUGGGCUGCUUCCUUAGAGCUCCAUUUGGAGAUUUGGGUCGGAUGGUCCUACCAGGAGGCUGUCAUUGGACGGCCACUCUGGAGAGAAUCCAGGGGAGCGUCAGAACCCGCCUUGCACUAGGCCGUUCAUUGCUCUGGGUCGGGGCCAAAGAACCCUGUUGCCGUGAGUCACGCCCUUCAGAAGUCAACAGUGUCAUCCUGGUUUUCUGAAGGACUCUGAAACCAUCAGGUCUGGAUAGAGUCUGGAUUUAAAACUUUGUCCGAGAAUCCUCGUUUUGAGAGCUUUCUCCAGGAUCAUAUAUCGUCAGCCUCAUUCCAGAGCAGGCAGGGCGCCCCACCAUGAGUUUAUCUGAGUUCUCAGCUCCUAAAGUACAGGCUGCCAAGAUCCUGGGUCUGCUGUGGUCCACAGUCCUUUCCCUGGCUUCUGGAUCGUCUCCCUCCCAGCUGUGACCUGCCCGUAAAACAAGGGAUGAGUACCAAACCUGAGUUGCCCAGAAAUCUGGCCCUUUGUCCCUGUAAGCCGCACCCAGCCUGCCUUGCCCAUUCAUGCAGCUUCAGCACUCGCCCCCUAAGUCCCCCUGACACUCAGCAGUCAUUUUACCUGUGCAUUUGGACUGGAGAACACUGUAGGUUCUAACUCAACGUGAGAACCUAAUUCAGUACCUCCCCCGAGAGAGCCUGGAUUCCUGAGCUGCACUCACCCCCCUUCCCAAGGCCCAGAUUCCUGCGCUGCAGGUUAGGGUUAGGGCUGGAAUCGGAGCGAGGCUCGGGCCUCUCCGAGCAUCCCAUAGUUUCUCCUCUGAGAGACAUGGAUGAUAGUUUGGAGUCAAGAUUUGCCAUUCGGACUUUUUUUUUUUUUUUAAUCUCUUAGAAAUGCAUUUGAAACAGUGUGUUUGUUUUUUCCCUUCUAGUUAAGGGACUAUUUAUAUGUGUAUAGGAAAGCUGUCUUUUGUUUGUUUGUUUUUCCAUUAAAGAGGUCCAAGCAGAGAUGCAAAAGGAGAUGAUGGUUCCUUUGUCCCACUGAGCACGCUAGUAACAAGUCCCCCCAGACUGACCUGUGUGCCAGGCGUCUGUGCAUUGUUGCACUUUGAGUUAUUAUUUAUCGAGUUCUUGAAGGACGCAGAAAGAGGGACGCCUUUCUCCCUCGGCUCAUAGGCUCUGUGUUUAUGGUAGCUUUCCUCUUUCUCUGUGCCCAGCCAGCCACAGUGCCAACCCCCUCAGGAAGUCAUGGGUGGAAACGUAGGUGUUAUUCGUCAAGAAUCCACACUAAUGACUGUGGGGGAACAAAACUGGAACCAAGUGGAGCCACUCCGGGCAGCUGUCACCCAUGCAGAGCUGCUUUCCACGUGGUCAGUAACCUCUUUGAUGCUUAUUCAAACGGAGCCUGCAGGAGGGGGGAUGAAGUGGCAUUCAAUGAUCCUAUUCUGUAGGCUUUUUUUUUUUUAAACCAAAUUCAAAGUGUGUUACAGGAAAGCUAGCCACUUGGUGACUUUUUUUUUUAAGUUAAGAAAAGGAACAUAGUUGCCUACAUCUUUCAUUUUUAAAAUAACGUGAGUUAUUUUCUGAGUAAUCCAGUGAAGAAAGAACUUUUGGUGGCAGCCGAAGUAUGUGAGGAACUCUAGCUGAAUAUUUCAUCUCCUGUGAGCCAGAGUGGCUUCUUUUCUCCCUCUGGUGGCCCCUGCUGCUUUCUGGUGCUCUGGAAGUUGUUUAGAGGAAAGGAUUCUGAUUUUAAUUAAUCAUGUGAUGAAUUAGUCUCACGCGCUUUUCAGCUUCCAGGCAUCUUAGGAAAGACAGAUGGCCUUAGUAGCAUAAGGAGAGCCUAUUAAUGUUGUUUUUUAAAACAAACACAGGGAUGUUUUUAUUAUAGAUUUGAUUUUUUUAAAUGGCUGUUUUUAAAAAGAUAUAAAUAGGACACCAAAGCUGCAGGGUUUUUUUGUUUUGUUUUUUUCCCCCUACUCAAAAUAGCAAAUAGGUGGCCAGCAUUAUUUUUUAAUUCAUUCCAACGAGGAUGUUUUUUUAUACAUGGCCUAAAUCUAUGCCGAUCAGAAAACCAUCCCUGCUCUCUUUUCGCAAAUGAGAUCAGCGAGUCCUUUUUAUUUUAGCAUUAAAAUCGUUCAGCUAUGAUCAUUAUCACCUGCCCUCAACUCCUUCUACUUUGAAAUUGACAUUUUAAAAAAAUGCAAGCAAGUGGUAAAUAAAUCGUGUGUGACAUUCAAAGUUGAUGUAAACUGGAAAGGUUGUGCGUGGUUGCUUUUGGUUUUUGAUUAGGUUUUUUUUUUAAUUUUAUACUUUCAAAUAAACUUGCAGUUUCAUUCUUUC